UUCGCCCUUUGGCCGCCACCUGCCGCGGACGUCGUCGCCGUCGCCGCUUCCUGCGCUCUUCCUCGACCCCGCCAAGAUACGUCCACCACGAAAGCGCCCUCUUCGUCGAAAGUCGAGGCGAUGCAUACCCCGCAGCUUCACGUCUUCGACCUCUGCGUCCAGCUGCUCCGCGGCAAAGCGCUCGAGCUGAGCGGCCAGGCGCCCGACGCCGCCGGCGAGCGCUGGCACCUCGUCAAGCAGUGGAUGCACUUGCAGUACGCGCUCGACGCAUGGCGCUUCCGCGAACAGCCACCGGCGCUGCCCGAGCCUGUCGCGUUCCGCACACCGUCGGUCCGUGAAGAGUACGAGCAGCUCCAAGUACUGGGUACGGGUGCGUUUGGGUCGGUCGUGCUCAGUCGCGCCGUCUCAACCGACUUGCUCUACGCCAUCAAGAGCAUCGACAAGAGCAAGAUCUCCGGCGACGAGGCUGCGCGGCUCCUCGUCGAGCGCCAAAUCCUCUCGAAUGCGUCGCAUCCGUUCGUCAUCCGCAUGGACGGCGCGUUCGAGACCCCGACGCACUACCAUUUCGUGCUCGAGUACUGCCCUGGCGGCGACAUGUACUCGCUCCUCGAGGCGACGCCGCAGAUGCCCGAGGCCCGCGUCAUCUUUUACACGUCCUCGAUCGUCAGCGCGCUCGUGUACCUGCACCACUCCCACGUAGCGUACCGCGAUCUCAAGCCCGAAAACAUCCUCCUCGACGCCAAAGGAUACGUCCGGCUCGCCGACUUUGGCCUUGCCAAGCAGGCCGUGUCGCCCUCGGACACGACGUACUCGUUUUGCGGCAGUGUCGACUACAUGGCGCCUGAAGUGAUUCUCGGCGUCGGAUAUGGGCUCCCCGCCGACGUCUGGAGCCUCGGCUGCGUCGUCUUCGAGAUGCUCACGGGUCUCCCGCCCUUCUACACGACGCGUGGCCGGCGCGUGCUCUUUGAGAAGAUCUGCAAAGGCCAAGUGCUGUACCCGACGUACUUGUCGCCCGAUGCGAUCCGGUUCCUCCAGCGCUGUCUCGACUUGGACCCAAAAGAGCGCUUUACGGCCGAGCAGCUCCUCGAGCACCCGUUCUUGGCCAGCGUCGACUGGUACCAGCUCGGGAUCCAGCAAGUGCCCGUCCCGUUCGUGCCAAACCUCGCCAACAAGACGGACACGCACUACUUUGCGGACCAGUUUACGUCGCAGGCUGUGGCGGGCAACUUGGUCGACACGAGCGAUGACUUUAGCGACUUCGACUGGCACCGCACGCCGCUGGAGGAUGUCGUUGUUAGUUAGUCAAACCGUAGUCGAUUCCAUUCCCAUCGGCG